ACGCACACACCCAAGCCACGGCGUGGUGCACGCGGCGCCACGCGUGGGUCAGGGGUCGGCCGGGCGGCCUUGUUGUAUUGUUAUCUUUUCACUGUUGGUUGACAGCCUGUGAAUGGGGACUAGCGGCUCCAAGGGCACCGCGGCGGGGCGGGGCAGCGGGCGCAGCGCGGGGCCGCCCCGGCUGAGGCGGCGGGGCAGCGCGCGUCCCUUCGGGGAGGCCAUGAGGGCCCGCGUGCCCCGGGCCGUGGCCUGCCUGCUGCUGUACCUGACCCUGUGGGGGGCGCCGCCCUGCAGGGUGCUGGGCCGCAGCGCCUGGGCCAAGGCGGCCGUGAAGCGGCACUGGCGGGCCAUCACGCGGGGCAGGCUGCGGCCCGAGGACCUCUUCCAGGGGUGGCCGCACCGCCCCAGCCUGCGCCUGGCCCCCGAGGUGGCCAUGCUGAUGGUGCAGCAGUACCUGCGGCGCCUGCCCGGCCGCCUGCUGACGGACGGCACCGCGUGGCACGGCGUGGGCCACGAGCUGCUGGCGCUGGGCGAGGAGCCCAGGCACCACCACGUGCCCUGCCUGUUCCUGGCCAGGGUGCGGGUGCUGCGGGCGGCCAUGGCCCCGGCACACAACCUGCUGCUGGACAUGGUGGUGGCCAGCAUGCGGGCCAGCGGCGGCCAGCGGCCCCAGGACCUCAUGGCCGCCGCCAGGUUCUGGGCCGUGGCCUUGGCGACUCCCCCGGGGCCCGUCCAGUGCCUGGGGUGUGCCUACCUGCACGAGGACGCCAGCAGCCUUGGGGUGGCCCACGCCCUCUUCUACCUGGCGCGCUGGGGCUUCCUGAUGCACCCGCACCCCUUCACCCACGUGCUGGGGGGCGCCGCCCCGCACGACACCGCCACCACCUCCUCCCCCCGCCAGCAUCGCCCCGCACUGUGAUCUGUGUGGCCAGAGGCACGGGGGCCUGCCCCAGGGGCGCCAGAGUAUGUACUAACGCCUCACGUCCUCGGCCUGCCCUGGCACACCCACACACCGGCGGCUGCAGUGCACGGUACAGUACCCACUUUACUUACAGUUUUACUUUACCUUUACAUACCCAGCCCAUCCACUUUCCCGGCAGCUCGGGCCUUGCUGCUAUUGGACGCUGGAAGGCGUUGAAUUAUUUUGGCGGUCGCUGGGUCGGCGUGGGCGGGGCGUAUUUUCUGUAUCAAUAUAAACAACGUAUAGUCCACAACUCACCACUAUAAGCAACAAUUCUCGAUCACUACAGUAUUUCCUGUCGUUUUCAUAUAUAUGACAACAAGAGAGCAGUUGCUUACGUAGGAAACGAGGUAGGGAAGGCUGCAUAAAGUAAUCUUGACCAACAAUCUAGACUCUAGCCUCAGGGUCGUAUUAUAAGACAUUAUAAGACCAAGAACACAUAUUUGACAAGGCUUUUGUAGUUGUGGGCAUUUCCAGUAGUUUUAUAACCCUGAUGGUAGCUUGACCCUUCUUCUGUACCAUGAACCUGAAGAAACCCUCAUUAAAACCCGACUGACCCCCUCUUUGACCUUUAGAAAUAGCUGAUGUGAGAAGUGAAAGUGUCUUAUAUAAUACUGACCUCCGUGUUGGGUGGACUCGCAAAUCUUAGGAAUACUCACACCACCAACAGGACAGAAGAAAUAAGACGUCAGCAACCAUUAGUUUAUUGAGAUUGUGAUAUAUUACUCAUUAUGUACUUAAGACUAGAAACAUUACUGAAGUGUACAGCCUGUAAUAGAUAGUUGUGGAACAAACUUCAGAACACAAAGAAACAAGCUUAUUACAUAACAUCCAUAAGCAGAAACAUCAAACUUGCCAUUGGGAGCAGUUCAUGGAAAUACAUAUUUAGACUCACAUAUGAUUCAGUGGAAUGUAUGAAUGUAGGACUUUGUUUACUUAAUUAUAAAAAAAAAAAAACUAAGUACACCCAAAAUAUGGUGGCCACACUGCAAACCUUUAAGGGAAAAAUGAAGAAAAUGAGUAAAAAUUGAAGAAAAAUGAAAUGAUAAUGAAGAGGAAGUAGGAAAAUUAAAAAUAAAAUGAGUAAAAAGUGGAAAAGUGAAGAAAAAUGUAAUGAUAACAAAGAGGAAGUAGAAAAAUGAAAAAUAAAAUGAGGUGAAAAGUGAAGAAAAAUGAAAGUAGAAAAAUUAAAAAUAAAGAGGGAAGUAAAACAAGGCACAAGAAUAUGAAGGCAAAGUUGAGGAAAAAAACAUUUGAAAACAAGCAUUGGGAUAGGAAAGAAAAAUUAAAAGGUAACAAAGAAGAGGAAGAAGAAAAAAAAAAUGAAAAGACUAAGGAGUAUGAAGACAAAGAUGAAAAAAAUUAUUAAAACAAGUACAGGUAAAGAAAAUAAAGACAAAAUAACGAAGAAAAACAAGAGGAAAUAAAAGCAAAUAAGGGAAAAGAAAAAAAAGACAAGAAAGUGAACUCAAAGGCAAGGAAUAAGUUUAAAUAUAUGGUACAUAAUGAAAAUGAAGAGCAAGAAAAGAUGAAAACAAAUAAGAGGACAAGAUAAGACAACAAAAAAUUAAGACAGGGAGGAGAAUUAGGAGGAAUAAGAAAAUGUGGAACAAAUAAGAGGGAAGAUAAAACAACAGAAACUAUAGCAAAGAAGAGGAAUAUGAGAAAGAAGGGAAACAAAACCAAAUUAGAAGAGAAUGAAGAAAAAACAAGACAGAACUAUGAAUGAAAAGAAAAAGAAGCAAACACCAAACAACCUGUGUAUCAUCCUAGCUUCUGGAAAUAGCCUAGGCAUCCUUUUUUUCUUCUUUGCUCAUAACUUAACACACACACAAACAACCAAACACAUAUAUGGAGAAUAUAGUUGUAUCACUCAGAACAAAACGCAGAGAUACAAAAUGUAAAAUGAAAGCACAUAUUUUCAAGCCCCCCCUCAAAAAAUAUCUUGGUUUUCUUUAAGGCCCUCUCCCGGAAAAUAUGUCACACCUCAGGCACACGGAUUAACGAGACAGGUUUGGGUGGGUGGGUCUGCAAAAGUCACCUGUCUGUCCGUCCAGCUCACCUGUCACAGUUUAUUCUUAGUAAACAUGAAACUCUCCCAAGUACUGUAGUCUGUUCAUCCACAAGUUUUGAUAGUUUCCGCCUGCCUCUGUAUAUUUGCUAACAAGACACGACUCCUUUCUCUCUAAUUUCCUGCUUCUUCCUUAUCAAUGCUAACAGGACAUCAUUUCUUUAUCUCUGACACAAAAAUAAAGUACGCUAUUCUCUACCUCUGUCGCAUGAAAACAAGUUAUGGUAUUCUUUAUAUCUCUCCUAUUCCAUCAUUACUAAUCAGAAGUUAUUCCUUUUCUCUCUCCUGUGACAUUAAAACAAAUCAUAUGCUUUUCCUCUCUCCUCUAUCUGCAGUAACAAUACAUGGUGCCGUCUCUCCUUUCACAAAACUGCAAUACAUGAACACCAAAAACACCAGUCAUACCAUCAACAUAACAUGCCUUUUGUAGCCCUUUUAUGCUGUGUAAGGCUUGUGUGUUAGGCAAGUGUUUCUUCUUUCUCCUUAUACAAAUAUAAAUUUACAAUAAUCUUUCAACAAACACAACAUCGAACACGUCAAAUCUCGGCGAAAACACUUAAGUACUGCAAAACCAAAAGCUCAAUUGAGUAUCAGAAAAUUACGAGUGCAUGCCAAGAAUUUUUAUUAUGUGUACGUGAAUUGGGAGGCCGAGCGAUAAAAAAAAAAAAAACGGUGCAAACCUUUCGGAAAAAUACAUAUUGGUGUUUACGUACCAGUGCAAAGUAUUGGCUGGGAAACACUGAUGGUCAAGGUUUUGUGUGUGUGUGUCUGUGUGUGUGUGUGUGUGUGUUUCGUCGUAUUCAAGAACACAUGUACGGGUCACUAAUGGGGUAAUGUAAUUGUUCUUAGUAAUAUGGGAAAACACAACAUUGUAAUGGUAACUUUAAAUGUCCCAUCAACCCAUUUUUUCUCUUGUGCCUUUCUCUUUUUUAUGUCUCAGCAACUUGCACUCUCUCUUUUCCUGUCACCUUAUUCUCCAUAUCAUGAUGACUUGCUUCCCUCUCCACUUUUCUCUUCCUUUGUCCACUUUGUUUACUCUGUUUACUUUUGUUGUUGACUUUACAUUUAUACUUUCUAUCUCAACAACUUGCCUUCUCUCAUUUUAACUCUCCCAUUCUGUGAUUUUCUACCAAUAUUUUUUUUUUUAUGUCAACUUGUUUUGUUUCAUUCUUUCCCUUCCUCUGAUAUUUUUGUUUAUACUCAUGUCGAUACUUUUACAACCUAUGAAUGCUUGCAAGGUUUCAAUUGUUCCUCAUGUAUAUCUUUGCAAUCCACAAAGAAAGUUACGAGGUCUCAACGUCAGUUUUUUCUAUAUCUUUGCCAUCUACAGACAAAUAAUUACAAGAUCUCAAUUUCCUUUCUUAUUUUAGUUUUCUCAUAUUUUUUCCUUGUACUAUCUUUACCCACUUUUAUCUUUACAUCACAACAUAUAACUAUGAUGCUUUAGCUCUUAAGAUAUUUUUCACAGAAUCUUAACAAACUUUAUUUAUUUUCUUCAUCUGUAUUUUCAUUUUUAUUCUUUAUCUCACAAAGAAUCUACCCACUUUCAUCUUCACAUAACCACAUAUAACAAUGACAAAAACAUCAAUAUUUUUCAUAGAAUCUUCACACUUAUUUUUUUUUCUGUAUACAUCUGUUUCUUUUUUCCCUGACAUCUUAACCCACUUUCAUCUUCGCCUAACCACACAUAACAAUGACAAAAAACAUCAAUAUUUUUCAUAGAAUCUUCACAAACUUCAAUUUUUUUCUGUAUACAUGUGUUUCUUUUCCACCUCACAUCUUUACGUAACCACACAUAACAAUGACAAAUACACAUACAUAUAUAUAUAUUAAUAACAUAGAAUCUUCAGAGACUUCAGGCGUAUAACAUCACAGGUCCUUCCAAUAAUCACAUAAUUACUCCACCAUCACAAACACCCAAUCCAUUCCGUUUCCAACACCUAAAUAUAUCUAUGCCGUAACUGUCGACAACAUUGAAGGUGGUCUGCAUUCUGAGCUCCUCAAGAAAAAUACAUACCGGUAACUCUAGAAUGAAUAUGUAUUGGCUUUCUAAAGGGUUCAUCUCAAGAAAAAUACAUACUGGAAACUUUAGAAUGUAUACGUAAUUUCUUUCUGAGGGGUCCAUCUCGAGAAAAUACAUACCGGAAACUUUAGAUUGGAUAUGUAAUGACUUUCUAAGGGGUCCAUCUUGAGAAAAAUACAUACUGGAAACUUUAGAUUGGAUACAUAAUGGCUUUCAAAGGGAUCCAUCUCGAGAAAAAUACAUACCGGAAAUUUUAAGAAUGUAUACGUAAUGUCUUUCAAAGGGGUCCAUCUCAAGUAAAAUACAUACCGUUAACUUUAGAAAGCAUACGUAAUUUCUUUCAAAGGGGUCCAUCUCGAGAAAAAUACAUACUGGAAACUUUAGAAUGUAUACGUAAUGUCUUUCAAAGGGGAUCCAUCUCGAGAAAAAUACAUACCGUUAACUUUAGAAAGCAUACGUAAUUUCUUUCUGAAGGGUCCAUCUCGAGUAAAUACAUACUGGAAAUUUUAGAUUGGAUACAUAAUGGCUUUCAAAGGGAUCCAUCUCGGGAAAAUACAUACCAUUAACUUUAGAAUGUAUACGUAAUGGGUUUCUAAGGGGUCCGUUUAUGAGGACUGGAAGAUAAUAACGUAGGGGCCCAUUGAUAAAACACUCUAAACAGCCUAUCUAUCAACAUCUCCGACAAAAAUAUCUGUGUCCUCUUAGUCAAUAGUACAGAUAAUAUAGAUGGUCUGUAGUACUCCAUAACAAUAUAGUAACAUUCCUUAAUAAUAGUAAUACUCCGAAUAGUCUAUCCACUACGUAUGUCUUAGAGAAAAUAACUAUCCUUAAUCUCAUCGAACGGUACUGAUGGUGGUGCCUCGUAACUAUUGUAACUAUACUCGACAACAGCGAUCCUUAAUGAUACCAACACUUAAGGUUAUUAUUUGUCCUUAAACACCACCAAGAAAAUAUGAACUUCAGUCCUUAGUAGUAACAAUGUGAUAAUGGUACUGAAUAAAACGAUAGAUAUUUCGCUUGACAAUUCCCAUUUUCUUUAAGGGUAGCAUGUCAUGGGCGUAUACUUAUCUUUUUUGUCUUGUUCAGCCCUUAUGUCUGCCUACUCUCACCAGUGGAAAAAAUAACAAACAUAAAUAAUAAUACAAACCGUACUGAUUGAAAAAUAAUGGCUAAAAAAAUAAUGAUGAUACAUGUGUCUAUUGUCUGGCGUCUCAACACAAGGAAAGAAUACAGAGGAGUGGGCUUCCUUGUCCCUCCCGGCCACCACCACUAGGCUGUGCUCCUCGCUGGUUUGACGCAGCGUUCCAAACCGUAGCGACUCGUAUCAGGAAAAAGGCUGCUUCGGAAAAUUUAGCAGUCACAUAAAUGCACAGAUGAAAAAAUAAAAUACAUACAUAUUUUUCAUUUUGACAGUAAAGUAGUAAUUUAUUUUUGCUUUUUACCUUGGUUCAGAAAAGUGAGUCAUGUUUUGAGAAUGCAUGUUUGAAAAAGUAAAAUACAGAAACAUUCUUCAUUUUGGCAAUAUAGUAUGGAUGUAACUUGUUUGUUUCAAGUUCGGAAAAUUAAGUCAAGUUUUGAAAAUUAACAAUCGAGAACAAAAUUGCAUAAACAUUCUUCAGUUCAAGAACACAUAUGCUGUGGUUUGUGUUUCUUAUCUCAGCUUAAAAUUCCGAAGCAUAUUUUUUACUGGUAUGACCAACUACUGAAUGGAAAGAUGCACACAACUUGGCAAAGAUACCCUCGACAAGUCACACCCACAGGAAAGGAAGGAAGGAGGGAAGGUGGAAGGAUGGUGGGAGAGGAGGCAAUGGAGUUACACAGACACUGACGAGGAUGGAAAGGCACAGAAAAAUAUCACGGUUCAGGAAUGUUGUGGUUCCCCUAUGGCACACGAUAUCACACGACAUUUGAGGACUGCCGCUGCCGCCACUGCUCAAUAUAACUAGAGUAUAUCCAUCAAGCCUUACUCUUUUUCCUCUUAACAGCUUUUUACUCUUGUUCAUAUAAGGUCAGUUUAUGCCCUUCAGUCCUUAUUAUUUGUUGAUAGUUUUUUUAACCCAUCCACUGCGACUGGCACGGAUUUCACCUUCACUGGUGGCCUAGUAACACGUACUCCCAGGUCUUUCUCUGCCUCUGUGGUGGAUAGUGGAGUGUUUCACAUGUGGUAUUGGUAUGCUGGAUUUCCCCUCGCAAGGUGUAUGACUUUACAUUUUUCUUCAUUGAAUUAUAGAAGUCACGUUUUGUUCCAUUUCUGUAGCUUGGUGAUGUCUUCUGGUAGGAAAUCCACAGUCAAGGGGUUAAGCUGUUUCCUAUGUUUUUGGGAGUGGCGAGUAGCGCUUUUUUCUUCUUCUUUUUUGCACUUUGUUGCCCAUGAGCCGUUCCCUUUGAUGGAAAAAAAAAAAAAAAAAAAAAAAAAAAGAA